AGACAGACAUAAUUGAUUAAAUUAAUACAGACUGAGUUUUUUUAACCCAGCUAAGAAUUAUGUCAAAUUUAAAAAGCUAACAACAAGACACAACAAACGUAGUUAUGGUACAAAAAGUAAACAGCUAAAAAUAUCUCUCAAGAUGUAUUUAAAUGUCGUGUCGAUGGAAUCAACACACUUUAAGGGAACCAUACAACAUGAAUGUACAUGAAACGAUUGCGAAUGUUUCUGAAAAUUCCAAUGAAUGUGACAACCCUGAGCGAAUGCAGAAAUCGGAUGCUUGGUAUGGUCAUGUUCAGAAAAUGCAAGACAGUGGUGUUCAGCUUAAAGAAUCCAUAGGACAGUCAAGCUGUUUUGUCCCUCAUGGAAAGCGUUUGCACAACAGUACUUUUAAUUCACAACCAGUAACACCAUUAGUAUCCUUAUCUCAGAUACAAGAACAUAUUUUGUCACAUUCUGAUAUAGAAAGAAGGCGGUUACAGUAUGAUAAUGCAUGGGAUAUUCUAGAAAACGAAGAUUCUAGGUUAUCAAAUCAUUACAAACCUUCCGUAACAACAAAGAAAUCGAAUACUUCAUACGUUUUUGUAGGGAGUGUUCAAAAGGCAUCACGAGAAGUUAAGUUACCACCUACACCUUUCUCGGGUCAGACAGAUGACACUAGCCGGUAUUCUGGAGACUCGGAGGAUUACAAGUCAAAAUCGAAAAGACUUUGUUCUAUGAAGAAAAUUUGCAAGUACGUUCUUUGGAUACUUAUAUUUCUCGGUGUCUCGGCUGUCGUAGCGAUGAUCACUGUUAAUAACCAGAAUAGCCAGCCAAACCCGAGUGUUAAUAGUAUGGAAGCACUUGCAGGUAACAACGAAAUCAACAAGAUGCUCACUAGCAUAUUAGAUUCAAUUAAAAAGUCGAUGGAGCUUUUAAAAACACUUUCUGAAGAAACCACCACGCCAAAAAACGCAGGUGUUGGAUCUGGAACAGAUUCUGUAGGACCUUGCUACAAUAGUACAACUUAUGGCUGUGUAGAUCAGUGCUAUAACAUUUGUAAUGGGGACUACCACUCCUGUUUGACUUGUAAGAGUUACGUCACUUGCGCAAAUCGUCACUUAUGGCCAAGAAACUGUUCAGACGAUGCAAACAGUAAUCUCGUUUGGGAUGAUACAAAAAAGUGGUGUGACUCUACAAGUGAUACUUGCAAAAACAUAACAAAAAAUUAAGUCUCAUAUGAAAAUCAAUCGAAGUAAAACUGGUGAUUUUGCCAUGACAGUCAUAUGAUAUGUGGAACAGUUGAACUUCUCUUCACCGAGCAUCUAUGUUACGUUGUUGCAGUGCAAUGCUACAAUUGUAAAUUUGAAUGACAAAAUGGUGUUAUUUAAUGCUACGGUUUAUUUAUACGGUGUAGUCUCACAAAAUAUCGCCUUUAAAGCUACACAUGCGAUACAAAAAAACACGUACAAAAUAUUUAUAUUGUGUGUAGCUGUAUAGAUUAAACUAAGAUUCUGUCUCUCUUGCCGUUUUUCCAGCUAUUUUGUUGUACGUGUAUCAUGCAUACUUCAAAUCAGGUUAUCCCGUUUACUUUAGCAUUGAAUCAUUAUUUUUUGAAAGAUGUGGUCUCAUAACUUCAACGGUGUGUGCAUACAAAUUGAAUAACGCACCCUAGCGCGUUAUGACAAUUUGUUUGCACACACCGUUGCAGUUAUGUUAUGCUGCAGUUAUUGUGUGGACCCUGAGGUCCACGCAGAAAAUAUAUAAGCGAGGUUAAACCGGGUGCUAUGGGGAAAAUUCAGCCUGCACAUGAGCUAGCCUGGUUCCUGUGCGUAAUGGGUAGCUCAGGGAACCAGGCUAGCAGACGUUUAUCUGAAUCGGGAUCGGGAUUCCGUGCCAUAUGCACACAUAAGUUCAAAGGCGCUGUAAUUGUAAAGUUGUCGGUAAACAGUACAGAAACACAGUAUUCCUUUCAAAGAAAUGAUCGGCAUGUGAUAUGAACUGUCAGUAUUAUGAAAUAAAUUAAUGUUAAGCCGAAACUACAACAUGCAUCAAGUAGCAUAAUUUGCAAUGUUUUGUUGUUUUCCGAAUACACAUGUAACUUAACUUUACAUUUAUAGUAGGCGAGGCUAGAGAACUUCCCGAUUAGAUUUUUUUAAGCAUUUAAGUAUGAUUGAAUAAUUAUGGCACUAUAAAAGUUUAAAUCGCAAGAAAAAUGCAUCAAAAUAUGAAAUUUUUAAUCUACACAAAGCUGUCACUGCAUAGUUAACAAAGUUGUGCGAAUCGUAAUGUGUGCGCAAAUAGUAGAAUUCACCGAAUGCCUGAUAUUAUACUUGCAAACUUCAUUCAUAGAUAUAUCAUAAUUAUUUCAGAAGUAUGAAUCCUUUAAAUUCUGAGAUAAAAAGUCAGGGAUAUACAUACAUGUAUACGUAAUACAACGUACAAAUUUAGUGGUUAAAAGCAGAGGGCUAGAGUCGGUGGAAUCUCUGAUAAUCUUAAGGCUUUCACGUUUUCGUUGGAAACACAUGCAAAUGGUCCACGUAUUGUAGUCCUUUUUUAAAGGACAGCAACUUGUCUUAUCUUAUAUCUAUAACGAAUGUCAUAGUCAUAAUACAAUUAUAGCCUCUUCGACGUUGGGGGAGAAUCUUAAUAUGGGCCGAUAUAAAGCAGUACCCUUUUAUGUAAAGUUUGGGGUUUAAACAAAUUGUGUACAUCAUAUUCUUAUAGAAAUAUGGCUUAAUUGACUAGGGAAAAGUACUGCAAUACCAGUAAAUACAGAAAAUGCUAAGCAAAACCAUCUUUCAUAAGCGUACAUAAUUUUUCAUAUUUAAUCGGACCAAGCCGCUUAAAUGUUAUGAUGAAUUGUGAUUCUAAAGUUAUCUAUUAAAGAUGUACAGUAAAAUGCUGAAAACUU